UGACGUCAAACAGUCGACUUGCUGUGAAGUCUCCGGGGCCGAGGCCUAGAGACUUUUUUGUUUUGUUUUUUUGUGCCGCGUACAUUAUUUUUUUUGUUUUCUUUUCCCAUGCCUGGCCUCUCUGGCCCGCCGUCCUGACCGGGUGUGAACCCAUGAAGCACUUUAUUCUGUGUUAGAAGCGGGAACCGGGUCGGAAGCGUUGGCGAGCUAACUGUGGCUAACUGCUAGCUGCCAGCGAGGAAGUGAGGGACACGAAGAAGAAAAGAUGACAUCCCGGAGGUGGUUUCACCCCAACAUCACAGGUGUGGAGGCUGAAAACCUCCUGCUGACUCGAGGAGUGGACGGGAGCUUUCUAGCCCGACCCAGUAAGAGUAAUCCAGGAGACUUCACCCUCUCAGUACGGCGAAAUGGCGCCGUCACCCACAUCAAGAUCCAGAACACGGGGGACUACUACGACCUGUACGGCGGGGAGAAGUUUGCCACUCUGGCGGAGCUGGUGCAGUAUUACAUGGAGCAUCACGGGCAGCUGAAAGAGAAGAACGGAGACGUGAUCGAGCUCAAGUAUCCGCUCAACUGUGCCGACCCGACCUCAGAGCGAUGGUUCCACGGACACUUGUCGGGUCGGGAGGCCGAGAAGCUGCUGACGGAGAAAGGGAAGAACGGCAGCUUCCUGGUGAGAGAGAGCCAGAGCCACCCGGGGGAUUUCGUCCUGUCGGUCCGGACGGGAGACGACAAGACGGACAGCAGUGACAACAAACCCAAAGUCACCCACGUCAUGAUCCGCUGCCAGCCUGACCUGAAGUACGACGUGGGCGGAGGGGAGAAGUUUGACUCCCUCACCGACCUGGUAGAGCACUACAAGAAGAACCCCAUGGUGGAAACCCUGGGCACCGUGCUUCAGCUCAAACAGCCCCUGAACACUACUCGUAUCAACGCUGCAGAGAUCGAAAGUCGAGUGAGGGAGCUGAGCAAACUAGCGGAGGCCACGGACAAGGUCAAACAGGGCUUCUGGGAAGAGUUUGAGACUUUGCAGCAACAGGAGUGCAAACUGCUCUACAGUCGCAAAGAAGGCCAGAGAGCAGAGAACAAAAACAAGAACAGAUACAAGAACAUUCUGCCUUUCGACCACACGCGUGUGGUUCUGAAUGACAGGGACCCAAAUGAGCCGGGCUCUGACUACAUCAAUGCCAAUAUCAUCAUGGUAGUAUCUGCUGUCAUGCCGGAGCUGGACCCAAAGUGCAACAGUACGAAGGUGAAGAAGAGCUACAUCGCCACUCAGGGCUGUCUGCAGAACACCAUCAGUGACUUCUGGAGGAUGGUGUUUCAGGAGAACUCACGGGUCAUCGUGAUGACGACCAAAGAGGUGGAGAGAGGGAAGAGUAAAUGUGUGAAGUACUGGCCCGACAUGUCGGCUCUGAAGGAGUACGGAGCGAUGAGAGUUCGCAACGUCAGAGAGACGUCUGCACACGACUACAUCCUACGAGAACUCAAGCUGUCCAAAGUGGGACAGGGCAACACAGAACGUACCGUCUGGCAGUACCACUUCAGGGCCUGGCCGGACCACGGCGUCCCCACCGACCCGGGCGGCGUUCUGGACUUCCUGGAGGAGGUCAACCUGAAGCAGGAGAGCAUUCUGGACGCCGGGCCUAUCGCUGUACACUGCAGUGCGGGGAUCGGGAGGACAGGAACGUUUAUAGUGAUCGACAUCCUGAUAGAUGUGAUCAGAGAAAAAGGAGUGGACUGUGACAUCGACGUUCCCAAAACCAUCCAGAUGGUUCGCUCCCAGCGCUCUGGGAUGGUGCAGACGGAGGCCCAGUACAGAUUCAUCUAUAUGGCCGUGCAGCACUACAUCGAAACGUUGCAGAGACGCAUCGAGGAGGAGCAGAAAAGUAAGAUUAAAGGGCGCGAGUACACCAACAUUAAGUACUCUUUGUCCGACCUGACGGGAGGAGAGCAGAGCCCUUUGCCUCCUUGUACUCCUAUUCCUACUCCCACCUGCACAGAGAUCACGAUACCUGACAGUUUUUUUCGCCAGCCACACCUUGACGCCUGAGACUUGUAAUGACAUGGAACAAUGGAAAAAACACACACACACACACACACACACACACACACACACACACACACACACACACACACACACACACAUAUGAGAGAGACCAGACACCAGGGUCCUCCUGUUCAUGAACAUUUUGCCCUCCAGUUGAAUUCUAAACCACUGUGAUGAUCAUCAGAAGAGCCUUUGAGAAGCCUAACAUGCUAAAUCCUGCUACUAAUCCACCGUUCUGGGGUUUAGUUUUGUAAAUCUCACCCCAACAAGGGCUGUGAUCACUCUCCUCAGAGGGGGGGAACCUAGCUAACCUUUGCUCAUUUUUAUGUUUUUUAUUUUAUUAACCAAAGGAAGGUUAUGUAGGUUUGUUUUGUAGACAGAAGUGAGGAGGUUUAUUUUUAGAGGCUUGUGCCAAAACCAUGAUUUCAUCCACAUUUCAUUAAUCGUCUUUAUUCUGCCAGUUUAAAGCGGUGGGAGACGUAUUUGUGCACAAAACUCCCAGUUCUUAUUGUCUAGUUUUCACUUAAUAUAUAGAAUAAUGUUUCUGAAUGAAGAACUAUUGGCAUUGUAGUGUAACAACAUAUUUACUGUUGAUCGUAAUCCACUUCUAAACAUGAAUUUCUUUUUUUUUUGGCGCCAGAACUGCCUUUAAGAGAGACUUUAAUUCAGGCUUUUUAUUUUUUUUUUACGUUCUCAUGAUGUUAAUGUUUUUUUCUGUUUUGUGUCUGUUAGUUAACCAUUCCUGAGCUCAAGCCGAACGCCCUUUAUUGCUGCUCUUUUUAUUUAGCAGCACAGUUUCAUUGGUGGAUUUAUAAAUAAUCUGACCUGCGGUUUAAAGAGGAGCUUCUUCAGUUUGUCGUUUUCAGGCAUCGCCACCGACGCACGGCCGCCAAAAAAACAACUUUGUUUUUUUACGUUUUUUUGUCAUUACUUCUUGUUUAUUUCUUCUUUUUUUUAAAAAGACAAAUGCCUUUUUUGUAUACCAUUGCGUAUUUUGAGCACCACAUGUACUUAAUUUUAAGAGUCACUGUUUUAAGAAGCAAUUCCACAUCUCUCAGCUUUGUUGUUCUAGAUCGUUCUCCCCGUGAUCGUCAGCUGGAUUCAGUAGUUCACACACACACACACACACACACACACACACACACACACACACACUUUUCUUGUCUUUCUGAUAAUAUUAAUCAAAGUAAAGCAGUAAAACAGGAAUAUUUCAACAUUGUGGGAACAUUUGCUCGUUUACUUUCUUGCAAAGAGUUCCAUGAGAAGAUCGAUGCCAAUCUCAUGUCUGCAAAGCCGGUUUUCUCACAUGAACUACUUACAAACGUCCAGAGCAUCAGGUCUGCAUAUUUGUCCGCAAAAUUCGCAGCCAUUUCACACGUUAUGCAACAGAAAACAUGCAAAAACACAACUUUCACAGCUAGCCUGACUCUGUCAAAAAGUAAUAUAAAUCCACCUAAUAGCACCUCUAAAGCGCACUUAUUAACACGCUCUAACUCGUUUGUGUAAACUGUACAAUAACAAAAAAGGUUAAAAAAAUGACGCGUCAAUCACAUGUUGAAGUCCACAGGCUAGCUGUUUCCCCCUGCUUCCAGGCUUUAUGCUAAACUAAGCUAAUCCCCUGCCAGACAUGAGAAUGGUGUCAAUCUUUUCAUCUAACUCUCGGCAAGAAAGCAGAACAUCAAACCAUUUCCUUUUAACUUCAUCUUCACAAUCAGCUGCAGUAUUUCAGGGGGAAUCUGAUGUGUUGAAUCAGCGUUAUUAUUAUUUAAACGAGACUCCACAACACUCAUUUCAAACGCGUUGCCUCAGUAUUGUUCUUUUUGUUUUUUGUCAAGCCUUCUCAUCACUACGCCUUCAGAAUCUGCAGUCCCUGAGAUUGCACUUCUUGUAACAGUGCUGACUCUCAGAUUUUCAGAAGAAACGGAAAAGAAGCGUCUCUCCUCUUUGCCUUGAGGGACGGUUCUCUACAACCACUGAUUUGAAAAGCUUCUUCUGUAACAUUUUAAACAAAAAGAAAAUCAUGAAAUCAGUGUUUUUUUGGGGGGGAGCAAGUGUUCUUUGAAAUGAUUCCUCUCCUCCCGAGGUGAAACGCCCUCCACUGACUGAUCUCCUGUAGUUUGGUGAACUGUAUGCAGUUUUUAAUCGCCAUAACGGAUGACUUUGUUCUCGUCUCAUGUUUCGUGGAGCGCUUGCUUUGUGCCGUUUUUUUUUUGUGUCCAGUUUGUGUUUCUUCUUUGAGAUUUGUGCGGCCUUUUCUUGUUUUUACUCCCCAGAUGAUAAAACCGCUUUUUCCAUUGGAUCAUGUAAGCAAUGUAGAUGCAUAGACGUGCCUUCUAUGCAUAUGCCUAUGUGUAUGUGAUAGCUAUUAAAAAUAAAAAACAACAGUGCUCUUUAGUUCCAUCGCCAUUCAAGAACCUGUAACACUUAAAUGUGAAUUCUGAACAAAAAAGAAAAGACAAAAAAAAACGGUGAUCGCAAUGCAAACAAACUAUAUUUUUUAACAUGUAUAUUGUACAUGAGUACCUGGUAGAGGAGAAUGUACUUACUAAAACAUAUCUACUUGCCAUUAAGAUAUACCGUAUGUAUAUUCCUACAGCUUUCUCUCUCUGUGACUCACAGGAGCGACCUCUCAGAGCUUCAGAGGUUUAUUGUAUGACUUUCAAUGCAGUUAACCGUGUUAACUUCCUCAGUAACAAUAAAUGAAAAGGCUCACGCCUCAUUAAGA